AUGUAUACUAUUAUCGACUCACUCCGGUUGUCUGGGACGGUCUCCUUCACCCAGGCUGGACAGGCACUGUCUGAGGAAUCCACCGCCAUCCUUGAAGAGAGCAUGUGGAAGGUCGUCAGGACCAACGGCAGGACACUUAUGAGACUGAAGGCCGCUCCACAUUUACGGUCCACCUUCUUCUUGAAGGCCAAGUUUCUGGAUUGGAAAAUUCGAAACCGAGAAUGUGAUGGUGAGUUGGAAGCAGAAAGAAAACAGAUCGACGAGGAACAAACGGACAUGCAGGGUGAUGAGAAGGAGGAACACUUCCAGUCGCAGGUAGUUCCUGACGAGGAUGAUGAUGAAGAAAAAGAGGAGCUCAUGAAUUUAAUCUAUGAAGACGCUCAUCAACUGAUUUCUGCUAUUGUGGAGAAAGCUGAACAGAAUUUGGCAACGUUUCAACGCUGGAGCUUGAGCAACUUGGCAGUACCCCAGCCCUCGGGCACCCUUCGGAUGGCAUGGCAGCUGGGCACCGAGGGGGUGCUGUAUUAUUACUAUUACAUUAUUAUUAUAGUUGGUUGUGAUAGGGCAUUCCGUCGAUUAAAAUCCCUACAGUUCGAAGCACCACCCUCGCAGCUGGUCAACAGUUGA